AUGUUCAGACAGUCUAAACGUAGGGUUGCUGGCAGGAGAAAUUUCGAUGAACGCUCAGGCUCAUCGUCAGGAAACUUCAUCUUGAAUGGAACAGCAUCAGAAGAAGAAAAAAAAUUGUACGAGUCGUUGUAUCAGUCGAGGUUAUCGUUCUACACCAUUCCACCGAAGGGUGAAAUUACACUGGAGCAAUUUGAACUAUGGGCCAUUGACAGACUCAAAGUGCUUCUCGAAAUCGAAUCCUGCAUUCAAAGAAAUAAACCCGCUAGAGAAAUGGAACUGAUUGUAAAACCACUUUUACAGAAACUCCUUCCGUUGACCACUGACGACCUGGAAAUACGCAAAAAGGACUACUAUUCCCAUUUCAUAUUGAGACUAUGUUUCUGUAGAUCCAAAGAACUUCGGGACAAAUUUGUGCGUUCCGAGACCACACUGCUAAAGCUUCGUUUCAACAUGUUGACAUCCCAAGACCAGGCCAAAUUCGUCAAGACCCUUAACCUACCAUUUUUGCAAUUCAUAUCGGAUGAGGAAAAAGAACAGCUUUCUACAGAACUCUACCAAACUAUCAGUGGGGCAUUACAGUUCCAGUUGAAUCUAACAGAUGAAAAUCAACGUCGGCAAUAUUUUAACCAGGAAAAAUUCAUCAAGUUGCCGUUUGAAUCGGUCGUCGACCUGGUAGGGAACAGACAAGUUUUUAUCAAGAAGGGGUCGGCGUACUUGCCCCAAUUUCAACAACUCAACCACAUCGCAAACGAGUUUUCGAGUAUGCUUUCCACAGCACUGUUGAAAACAUCUCAAAAUAUCCCACGUUUGAACGAAGAUGAUCGUUUACUGCCAAUUCUUCAUCACUUGUCCUCUGGAUACGAUGCUUCCAAUUUUGUGCUCCAGGACCAAUUCGGGAACGCCUCACAAGGUGAAGUAACUGCAACUAGCGUUUACUCAGCCAAGAUUGAAGAAAACUUCCCACUAUGUGCGAAGAACAUGAUGAACGGCUUAAAGACUGUGCAUCAUCUGCGAUACCAAGCACGUCAGCAACUGACCUUUUUUCUUAAGGGUAUUGGUAUGAGUGUCGAUGACGCCAUGCAAUUUUGGUCUGAUGCCUUUGCAAAGGGUGGUAUCACAACGGAAAAAUUUAACAAGGAAUACAAAUACAACUUCAGGCACAAUUAUGGUUUAGAAGGUAAUAGAAUCAAUUAUAAACCUUGGGAUUGUCGAACAAUCCUCUCGAAACCUCGACCUUCAAGAGGCGAAUUUCAUGGCUGUCCUUACAGAGAUUGGAACGUUGAUAAACUGACACUUGAACUGUCCCAAGGAAUGAAGCUAACGCAAACUCAAGUGAACAGCGUCUUGGACAACGUCGAGCGUACUGAAUACACAGUGGCAUGUACCAAAGUGUUUGAGAUGACGCAUGGCGGCUCUACAAAUGUCGAGAUCAACGAUCAGACCCAUAUCUCGCAUCCGAAUCUAUAUUACGAAAGAUCGCGACAACUUCAAAAGAAAGCCGAAGGUGCAGCGACAUGA